ACUCAUGAUGGACUUUAUUUAUUUACUAUUUUGGAUGAAUUAAUAUUCCAAAAUAAUCCAGUUAUAAAAGAGAUUCUCUUUCAAUUACGGAUUCUUACAUUGCUUCUGCAAUAUCGGAAGCAAUGUCCAAUGAGGAGCGCUUGAGAAAACUUUUGUCAGAUUUGGGAAAAGCUACUCUUCGUGGAGUCCGAAAGUGUCCAAAAUGUGGCACUUACAAUGGCUCGCGUGGCCUUUGCUGUAAGAAUAAGUACUGCGAUGCUGUAUUCAAAGAACCUGGUGAAAAGCGAAAAUUGUCCACAGAAGCAUGCAAACUUAUCACAGGCUCAUCUGCGCAAGUAUUUUCUGUACGAAUCAGAGACAAAGGACCUGAUUACCGGGGUUUUGUACAGUUACCUUUAAUAAAUGCCAAUGAUAUUACAACACUCAUUUCGCAAAGUACUGCAUUAUGUUUUGUAGACAGUUGCGAAAGAAGUUUUGACACUAGUGUACUCAAAUGUCAUGAGAAAGAUUAUUCAGAUACUGUGCCAGCAUCUACAUGCCAGCACAUUCAAGCAGCAUUGAAAUGUUAUGCAGAAGCACAGCCAUUAACUUUAAAAAAUUCUAUUCUGUCAUCAUUGAAUGUAAAUAACGAAACAAAGCAAGAGAUAUGGUUAUUAGCAACGGAAACUUCUGGUCCUUUAGUACAAAGAGUCUCAAAGAAUAUAAUGGCAGUGAAAUGUAAAGCUUCUCCAAAACAUCCACUAGGUUAUCUUCAUUUUUCUUUUUUUAUUAGUAAAUUAAAGGAUAGAAUUGAGCAUCGUUACUUCUGCAGUUGUACUACAUUUAAGGGUACAAUAAAAACAGGAGGAGAAAAAGUAGAUAGCACAUUGUUAUCACCAAAACGAUGUGUGCACUUUUAUGCAUGUAUUUGUGCUUUUGCUAGUGAUCCAAAGUUAUCUGAAGAAUUUAAUUAUUAUAUAAAUCUAGAUCAAACACAAUUGAGUAUAGAUAAAUCUUUGGCAAUUGUACCACAAACUGAAGAAGAAGAUAAGAUUGUUGGAAUUGAUCUCGAUAGUUUAACCACAGAUGAAACUGAUACACAUCUAUUAAUUUUUCGCGAUGAUACUUUAACUGUACAAAAUUUAGAUGGAAAUAGAUUAGAUUUAGAUUCUAUGAAUCUAGAUUCUUCAAUUUUACCACAUAGUAUUGUUGAAAAUAUAGAAGUAGAAUGUGAUCGCAGUUUAUUGGAUGAUAACAAUAUAAUAUCACAAGUUCAUAAUUUAGAAGUAAUUGACCAAAAUGCUGUUCAACUGGGAGGAGGAAAUACUAUAAAAAUAUUGGAUGAUCAAGGGACAAUCGAUACAAAAUACAAUGUACUCAAUAGUCAAUACAUAUUAAAUGAUAAUAACAUAAAAAUAUUGGAUACAAAUACUUUGAAGGUUCUUGAAGCAAAUACAGUUUUGGAUGUGAAUAAUGCAAAACUUGUUGAUAAUAAUGCUGUCCUAAACAGUGGCGUUAAGAUAAUUGACAGAAAUGCAGUAGUGCAUUAUGAUAACAGAAAUAUGGCAAAUUCUGAAAGUAAUGUGCAACCGGCAAUUUCGACUAAACGAAAAAGGGACGAGAAGCCUGCGAACAGCAGUAGCUUGAAUUUGAACUCGAUUGAAUCGAGAAAGACGAAGACAAAAUCACAAAUUGUUAAAAAAUAUCAAAACACUUGUGACGAUUUAGACGAGGGUAACACGAGUUUGCCGUUUAUCAAAUGGCUCGCAUCUAUAACCGAGCGAAUAAAUCAGACAAUGCAUUUUCAAUUUGAUGGUAAACCUGAUCCUCUAGUGUUUCACGUGCCGCAAAUAUUCUUUGAUUGUUUACGCGAGCGAAUAUCCUGCGGCGGCAAGAAGAAACGUUUGCCGAAUUCGACAACAGCGUUUGUUCGAAAAGAUGGAGUACCAUUGGGAACAUUUACCAAAUAUACAUGGCAGAUUACGAAUAUCUUGCAUGUAAAAAGUAUUUUUGAGACACCUUACAUACCUCUGGAGAUAACAAGAAGUUUUGUACAGAACGCGGAUGGAACAUACGAAUUAUAUAAAAGAGAGGAAACGGAAAUAGAUCGUUAUAAAAAAACAAAUAAUAGUGCGUUAAUUAAGCCAUUAGAAUUGAAAACGUAUUUAAAAGUCGGAAAUACUUCUCCAAAUCAAGUCGAACCCACACCAUUCUUAAUAGAAUGGAUACCGGAUAUUUUGCCUAUUUCAAAGAUAGGUGAGCUUAGAAUAAGGUUUGAAUUUGGUCAUGUAAAAAAUGAAACUAGUCAUAAAUGGAGGAAAAUUGCUCUUUCUAAAAAUUAUUGAAGUUUUCACUUUUGAAGUAUCAAUUUUUAAUAAAUUUUCACUUUUUUAUCAUGAAUAUCUGAAUAUCUAACAAAUUACAAGAGAGAAAAAAAUAUCAAAUGUGCAACACUUAAUUUUAAAAUAAUUAAUAUAUAGAAUAUAUAGAAUGACUGUUUCUUGAGGAUUAUAAACCGUAAUUAUAUUGAUGAAAAGGAGAAUUAAAUUAUUUUUAAGCAGUAAAUUAAUUGAACUAUAUACUCAAUAAUUAAAUAGAUAUGAUAUCUCUUUACAGCGCAAACAUUAACUUAAUAUCAUUUUAAAUUACUAAUUCAAAGACUGAUGUAAUUAUUGCACUUGUAAAAGUAACAUAUAGCUUGACCUGCAAAACAUUAAUUUUGUUUUAUAAUUACUGAAAAUAUGCAAUCUAUCUUUUUGUCAUUAUAUUACUUGUAUAGUGAUGCAUAAUUGCCAAUGCCAAUGAUUAUCAACUAUUUAUUAUAUAG